AUGGCUACCACUAAUGGAGCAGAUGUAGAUGAUGAUACUUUUGAUGCUGAUGAUGAUCGAUAUGAUACACUUGUACUACCAGCUGAUGUACAAAAAGUGAUUGAUCAAAUAUUACCAAGUACCGAUGAGAUCGAUCGAGUCGAUUUUAAUCCAGUUGAUUAUAUAAAUCAAUUAUUUCCAACGGAACAAUCUCUAGCAAAUAUUGAUGAAGUUAUUGGAAGUGUAAAGUCAAAGAUACGUGCAUUGGAUACUGAUAUUCGUUUUACUAUACGUGGUCAUUCGGAUACAGAAAUUGAUGAACACAAAGCAUUAGAAGAAGCACAAAAUUCCAUCUUAUUAUUAUUUCAACAAAUGCGUGAAAUUAAAGAUAAAGCUGACAAAUCAGAAGAAAUGGUCAAAGAAAUAACACGAGAUAUAAAACAACUUGAUGUAGCAAAAAAGAAUCUUACGACUUCGAUAACAACACUUAAUCAUCUACAAAUGUUAAUUGAAGGAAUUGAUAAAAUUGAAGCUGCUAUAAAAAAGAAAUCUUAUGGUGAUAUAGCUAAUUUACUUCAUCCGGUUAUAAGUGUAUUAGAACAUUUUCAACCAUAUAUUAACAUUCCACAAAUACAAGAAUUAUCUACAAAUGUUAAAGAAUUAACUGCUCAAAUAACUGUACAAGUUCGAAAAGAGUGUGAAGAUGCAUUUAAUGGUCCAAAUGCAAAAAAUUUUACUCCAAAUCAACAUUUUUUAGAUGUAUGUAAAAUAAUUGAUGUUAUUGAUCCUAAAUUAAGAUUAGAAGUAAUAAAUUGGUUUUUAAAAACACAUCUAUCUGAAUAUACAAUAUUAUAUCAAGAAUCUCAAGAGUUAGCAUGGUUAGAUAAAAUUGAUCGUCGAUAUGCUUGGUUAAAACGUGCACUGGUUGAAUACGAUGAAAAGUAUUCACGAAUAUUUCCUGUUCAUUGGGAAAUGGCUGAACGUUUAACAGUUGAAUUUUGUAAAAUAACAAGACGUGAAUUAGGAAAUAUAAUGCUUAAACGUAAAAAUGAAAUUGAUGUUAAAUUAUUACGAUUUGCUAUUGAGAAAACUGUUGGAUUUGAAACGAUUGUUGAAAAACGUUUUCUAGGAAAUACACUGGAUCAUUCAAGUAAUCCAAUAACUAGUCAUCUUAAUGUUAAAGUAACAAGUAUCAAUGGUAAUGAUGAUUUAAAUCUAGCAACAAACCUUAAACCAAAAUCAUCACCAUUUCAAGGAAUAAUAUCUCAAUGUUUUGAAGAUCAUUUAGAUAUUUACAUAGCAGAAUUAGAUCGGAGUUUGGGUGAUCAAAUUCAAAAAUUUGUUGAUGAACUUAAAAAAGAUGGUUAUCCAAUAUUUGAAGGUGGUGAAGAUACAAGUAAUGUUUUACCAACAAGUGCAGAUUUAUUUGUUUAUUUUCGUAAUUGUCUUGUACAAUGUUCAAAAUUAAGUACUGGUCAACCAUUAUUAUUACUUGUUCAAACAUUUCAAAAAUAUCUUCGAGAAUAUGCUAAUCGAGUAUUAACAGCUAAUUUGCCAAAAACAAAUACAACAGCAUCAUCUUUAGUUGGUACAGCAACAAUAUUUAUACAAAAUUUACCAAAUAUUCCAUCGAUGUUAAAAGAAGGUGAAACAAUAGCUAAAUUAAAUGAAGCAGAAAUAUGUCGAUCAUGUAGUGUUCUAUGUACGGCUGAAUAUUGUGUUGAAACAAUACAACAAUUAGAAGAUAAAAUGAAAGAAAAAAUAACAAAAUCAUUAGUUGAUAAAAUUUCAUUUGAAUCAGAAAGAAAUAUUUUUAAAGUAAUUAUUGCUGAAUCUAUUCAAAUACUUAUUCAAGAUCUUGAAAAUGCUUGUGAACCAGCAUUGACAGCAAUGACUAAGUUAUCUUGGCAAACUAUUGAAACUGUUGGUGAUCAAUCAUUAUAUGUAACAACAAUUAUUAAUCAUUUAAAAUCAAUUGUUCCUAUUAUACGUAAUCACUUGGGAUCGUCACGAAAAUAUUUUAUACAAUUUUGUACAACUUCAUUUAUUAAAAAAUUUAUCAAUCAUCUAUAUCGUUGUAAACUAAUAAAUACGAUUGGUGCUGAACAACUUUUACUUGAUACACAUUCACUAAAAACAGUUCUUCUUGAUUUACCAUCGAUUAAUUUAACUGUUUCACGAAAACCACCACAAAAUUUUACAAAAAUUGUUCUAAAAAAUAUGACACGUGCUGAAAUGAUCUUAAAAGUCGUUCUUACACCAUAUGAUUCUCCUAGACAAUUUGUUAAAAAUUAUUUACAAUUAAUGAAUAAUGAUGGAGAUAUAAGUUCUUUUCAAAAAGUACUUGAAAUGAAAGGAAUUCGAAAACCUGAACAAGCUCAUUUAAUAGAACGUCUAAAAAGAGAACAUGCAGCAAUUAUUGCUAGUCAUCAACAGCAAAUACAACAACAGUGA